AUGGCAAUUGAGCGCUUUGUCCUCCCUGGUGAGGAACUUGAUCCUGAAUCACUACCAUCACACCCAAAACUCCCGCUCAAACUCGGGCCCGGGCUACGGCACAUCCCACCAAACACAAUAACUCCAACAGUAGCGGGCCAACUAUGUACAGACAAGAAAAAGAAUGCCGUCUGGGUUGAGUUCAACGGUGGUCGCUAUACACCCACAGCUGGCGACCUCGUAAUAGCCACCAUUCAGAAAGGGUCCGCGGAGGUCUACUACGCCAGCAUCAGCGACUAUACCCCGAACGCUUCACUCCCUAACCUCUCCUUCGAAGGUGCAUCUCGAAAGACGCGCCCGCAGCUUGCUCCCGGAGCCUUGGUGUAUGCGCGGGUGACGCUGGCGAACAAGCAUAUGGAUCCCGAGCUUGAAUGCGUUUCUUCUUCCACUGGGAAAUCGGAGGGUCUGGGUCCAUUGACUGGUGGGAUGGUGUUCGAUAUCUCGCUCGGUAUGGCAAGGCGGCUGAUGUUGCCAAAACCUGCAGAUCAGGGAGGGCUGGUGUUGUUGGAGGAAUUGGGGGCGCAAGGUGCGGCUUUUGAGAUCGCUGUUGGGAGGAACGGGAGAGUGUGGGUGGAUAGUAAGAGUUUGAAGGGGACACUGGGUAUUGGACGAGCAAUUCAGGAUGUUGAUGAGAACGCUAUGACGAUUGACAACCAGAGAAAACUUGCGAGGAAAAUCGCCAGAGAGUUAUGA